CAUCAGAAGUUUCUGCAGGCUCGGUCCCGGCCGGCAGCCUUCCAUUCGGUGCCGGUUAAAGGAAACCGUGCCGCUAGAGCCGCUCCGUCUGCCGCGUGCCCCGGCGUGUAGCUGACCGUCCACGCGUGUGCACGGAGCCGAGGCCGCUCCGGUCUGUCCGCGUGACUCCACGAGCCGCAUGCUAACGUCUGUGCUAGCGCGGAGAGCGACCCCGCACACAUGUGCGCGCGCUCGUGAGACAGAGUGUCCCGUCUAUAAAAGUCGCGUGUGUCUCUAACUCGUUAUCGUCUCCGACGCCGUGCAGAGGCAGCCGUAAGGAGGAGGAGCUUUGUCCGCCGUCAUGGUGAACCAGCGUGUGGACGGAGGCUGGCAGGCCUGCAGGAGCGACUCCAGCGGCGGCAGCAACAGCAGCGGGGAGAGCUCCAAGGACAGCUCCCGCUGCUCCACGCCGCUGCCGGACUCAGACCGUGGGGACAGGCUGCGGGACAAGAUGCGGCGGAGGACCGAGUCUGGAGACCGCUGGUUCUCGCUGGAGUUCUUCCCGCCGCGCACCGCCAGCGGGGCCGUCAACCUGAUCUCCAGAUUUGACCGUAUGGGUGCUGGAGGGCCCCUGUUCAUCGAUGUCACCUGGCACCCAGCAGGAGACCCUGGCUCAGAUAAGGAGACCUCCUCCAUGAUGAUUGCAAGCACUGCGGUCAACUAUUGUGGCCUCGAGAGUGUUCUCCACCUGACCUGCUGCAACCAAACCAAGGAGAAGAUCACAGGCUACCUGGCUAAAGCUAAACACCUGGGUCUGAAGAACAUUAUGGCCCUGAGAGGAGAUCCAAUAGGAACAGACUGGGAGGAAGAGGAGGAGGGCUUCAACUUUGCCGUUGACCUGGUUAAACACAUCCGCUCCGAGUUUGAUGACUAUUUUGACAUCUGUGUUGCAGGUUAUCCCACAGGCCACCCUGAGGCUGACAGCUACGAGGAUGACCUCCGACACCUGAAGGACAAAGUGGAUGCUGGAGCAGACUUUGUCAUCACGCAGUUGUUCUUCAGGGCAGACACCUUCCUCAAGUUUCUGGAUGACUGCAGGGCCAUCGGCAUCACGUGUCCCAUCUUACCUGGAAUUUUUCCCAUCCAGGGUUACCAGUCUUUACGUCAACUAGUAAAGCUGUCAAAGCUCGAGGUACCAGAGGACAUCACCAAAGUCAUCGAACCCAUUAAGGACAAUGAUGCUGCGAUCCGUAACUAUGGAAUCCACCUGGCUGUGGAAAUGUGCAGCGUCCUGCUGGAAUCUGGAAACGUACCGGGUCUCCACUUCUACACGUUGAAUCGAGAGGUGGCCACCAUGGAGGUGCUCCGACAGCUGGGCCUGUGGUUAGAAGAUCCCAGGCGGCCUCUUCCCUGGGCAGUGAGUGCCAAUCCCAAGCGGAAGGUGGAGGAUGUUCGGCCUAUCUUCUGGGCUUCCAGGCCCAAGAGCUACAUUUACAGAACCCAGGAGUGGGAUGAGUUCCCCAACGGUAGAUGGGGAAACUCCAGUUCUCCGGCGUUCGGUGAGCUGAACGACUAUUACCUUUUCUACUUAAAGAGCAAAUCAUCGAAAGAAGCUCUUCUUCAGAUGUGGGGUGAGGAGCUGAAAAAUGAACAAAGCGUCUUUGAGGUCUUCACCAAUUACAUCACAGCUCAGCCAAACCAGAGUGGACACAAGGUCAUGUGUUUACCAUGGAACGACGACCCUCUGGCUCCAGAGACCAACCUCCUGAAGGAUCAGCUAGAAAAAGUGAACAGACGAGGCGUCCUUACCAUCAACUCCCAACCCAACAUCAACGGCAAACCCUCCACAGACCCCAUCGUAGGCUGGGGGCCUGCAGGAGGAUACGUCUUUCAGAAGGCAUAUCUGGAGUUUUUCACCUCGAGUGAAAAUGUGACUGCUCUGCUGAAGGUGCUGAAGAAAUACGAGCCGCGAGUAAACUACCACAUAGUCAAUGUGCAUGAGCAAAACCUGACCAAUGCCGCAGACAUGAGGCCGAACGCCGUGACGUGGGGGAUCUUCCCCGGCAGGGAGAUCGUUCAGCCCACGGUGGUGGACCCAGUGAGCUUCAUGUUCUGGAAGGACGAGGCCUUCGCCCUGUGGAUCGAGCAGUGGGCCAAGCUCUAUGAAGAUGAGUCUCCUUCUCGAAUGAUCAUCAAGUACAUUCAUGACAACUAUUUCCUGGUCAACCUUGUGGACAAUGAUUUCCCUCUGGAGAACUGCCUGUGGCAGGUCAUUGACGACAUGUUCGAGCUGCUGGACGCUCCACCAGAGCUGCUCGGCACAGAGACCACCUAAGAAUAUAAAGAAAACCACUUUGACUGUGUGCUUUUUUUGAAAUGGUGCCUCUGAUGGCAGAACCAGCAUAUUUAGGAGGAGUUUAGGUUGUUUUUCUAGAUGCUGAUGGAUGAGCGGAAGGGAACGAUGUGGGUAAAAAACUCUGUCACCUUUUUAUACUGUUUUUAUAAAAGAAAAGUCAAAUGUAGUGUUUACGUUUUUAGCCAUGUCCUUUCUAUAUCCUAAAAGGAAAAGACUUUUGUUUGCGUGAAACGUAAUGGUGGGAAGGUUUCACUGUUCUCACCUUCAUAGAAGGCUUUUUAAGGCGUUUGACCUGAAAUGAAUUUAGCUCUUAACUUUUGGCUGGAUUAGCAGCAUGAUCCUAACUCCCCCCAAGAAAUGGCACAUUUUUGUAUUCAUUAGAGGAAAUCGUUUCAUAUUUUGUAUUUGAGAAAGUACAUUUCAUGAAUAAGCUAUGGCUAAAGGCUUCAAACCUGUCUGUAGGAUUACAAUGAUGUGAAUUAUUAACAACAAUAAAACUGCCUCCAAACAA